AUUCUCCAAAACUACCCGUCAGUCUGCGUGUUGUCGACAGGAAGACCUUGGGCGUGAGGACAAAUGAGUCGAACAUCCCAGGUGUGCGUUUCCCACCAGCAGACCCAAUAUAGGCGUAUCUGCAGUAUGUCCACAACGAUUACAUAACCAGAGUUACUCUGCGUGUGAACUUCUAUAAAAGAGGACAAGGUGACUGUCAGAGUCCAGAGCUGAAGGUUCAGGAUGGAGAGAAGCUGCUGGAAACAGAUCCUGGUCCUGGUGCUGGUCUUUAUCUGCACUUAUGCAGAAGCUUCCUCCCCCCGGCACAUGGAGGACUUCAUCCGAGCCGUGAGGCAGGUGGAGGAUGAGGAUCCUGAGUCAGAUCCGGUUUCUGUCUUGAGGAGUCUGCGGAGAGCUGCCGGCCUUAACGACGCUUUCAUUCAGAACUUCCUGGGUGGUGCAGACUCUGGUGGUCCUGAAGUGACCCCUGACCUCUCUGCGCUCAUCAGGAGGGCCGUGCAUCACACGGUCACUGCGGGUGCAGCAGAGGAAGGUGUGGUCCUGACUCCUGAUGGCACCACUGUGGCGCUCACGCCGCUCCUCCUGGGAAUAGAAGCCGGUUUUCUGUCGAAGCCUAACAGGCCCGUUCGGGGUCUGUACCAGCUCACCCUGGCGAAAGAUCUGGACCUGGAUCUCAAGCAUGGAUCUCCUCAAAACCAGCUCCUGGGUCCUGACGGCUGCUGGGACAACAUCGCCCAUCCUCAGGUCUUCACCCUCUGGGACAGCCCGGCUCUGCUCACCACAGCUCAGAUAAACGGGGGCAUGGACGGAGUGGUUUUAGGGAUGGCGGUCUCUGACAGAUCCAGACGUCCCGUGAAGCUCAGCGACCUGCUCAGGGAGUACUACUGCCACCAGCUGGGGACAGGAGGACUAGACGUGGCCCCGCGCCUCAUCAGCCGGCGCCGCAGGGAUAACUUCAGAGAGCUGGUGCAGGUUCCCGUACUGAGCAGGCAGGUGGUGAGAGCCGUGGAGCUGCAGAGGAGACUGACCGGUCGCUCCACGAUGGAGGCGAAGGAGAAGAAGCAGCUGAUGGCGUUAGUGAGAGAGGGGAUGAAAGAGUUCGUCCACAAGUACAUGGUCUGCCCUCCCAUCAUCCCUCGCUGCAUGUGGGGAGCAAAGCCAUACAAAGGAACCCCCACCAACCUGUCGCUCCCUCUCUCCUUCAUGUUCAUCCAUCACACCUACAUACCUGGACAGCCCUGUCUCACCCUGCAGCAGUGCUCUGAGGACAUGCGCUCCAUGCAGCGCUUUCACCAGGACGACAGAGGCUGGGACGACAUCGGAUACAGCUUCGUCGCCGGCUCUGACGGGUCCAUCUACGAGGGCCGGGGUUGGCACCGGCAGGGAGCUCACACCCUCGGGCACAACUCGGUCGGCUACGGCGUGUCCUUCAUCGGAGACUACACCUCCAGGCUGCCUUCCCAGCACUCCAUGGGGCUUGUGAGGGAUCAGCUGGCUUCCUGUGCAGUCAGCGGGGGGCGUCUGAAAGCCAAUUUCACCCUGCAGGGGCACAGACAGGUGGUGGACACAUCCUGUCCCGGAGAUGCUCUCUACAGGGAGAUCACAAGCUGGGAACACUUUGGGGAAUGAGGAGGAGAGGUACGAUGAUCUGCUUAUCAGGAGGAGGAGAGCUGAUGAACCUGAAACUUCUCAGCAUUAAAAAGUUUUCAUUCAGCCAUUGCAUAUGCUUUAUUGUUUGUUUCCUGUCUACUUCUCAUUGUGUGACUUUUUCAUGUUUUUAAAUAUUAAAGAAAGAGAUAUUUGUA